AUGAUACUGGGGGAGCUCGGGAAGAGACGUUCUUUGGAGAGACAAAGGAUGGAUGAAGCAAGGUUGAAGGGUCUAUGGAGGGGCAUUCAGUUUGACCCACCGAAUUGGUCAUUGAGAAGGAAUUGGUCGGUGAGAAGAAUUUGGUCGGUGAGAAGGAAUUGGUCAUUGAGAAGGAAUAGGUCGGUGAGAAGGAAUUGGUCGGUGAGAAGAAUUUGGUCGGUGAGAAGGAAUUGGUCAUUGAGAAGGAAUAGGUCGGUGAGAAGGAAUAGGUCAGUGAGAAGGAAUUGGUCGGUGAGAAGAAUUUGGACGGUGAGAAGGAAUUGGUCAUUGAGAAGGAAUAGAUCGGUGAGAAGGAAUUGGUCGGUGAGAAGGAAUUGGUCGGUGAGAAGGACAACAGCCAUGCUGGGCAGGGAAAGAAUUUCCACUAUAAUACUCUUCUGCCUGAUUUUUAUUUCUGGGGUUCUCUAUAGGUUUCUGUGGAUAGAACCAUUUGGGAAAAUUCCUCCCCCUGCCCCUAAGGGGUAUCUUAGGCUGCAUUUGACUCCACAUGAUCAAUCUUCUUUAUCACUGGAGAAAGAACCUCAAACCCCAAAAAUGACCCAAAGCAAUGAAUCUUCAUCUUCUACAGCACUGGAACAAGAACUUCAGACCGUGAUGAAGGCGAUUGAGUGGCCUGAACCUCCAGGUCCCACAGAUUAUGAGUUUUCCACCAGUCCAAAUACCACAGAGUUCCACAUGCUGUUCCCACGUGCCACAUAUUAUGUUGGAGAGUAUGUAGAAGUUCUCAUCACAGCUCAGGACCACAAAGGCCGACCAAAAGCCUAUGGAGGGGAUUAUUUUCAGGCCAAACUGCACUCCCCAAUGCUGAAAGCAGGAGUCACCGGCUCAGUCACAGACCAUAGAAACGGCACCUACACGGCCUCCUUCCUACUGCUCUGGCCGGGGCAAGUGGAGAUCUCCAUAACACUUGUCCAUUCCACUGAGGCCAUAGCUGUCUAUAAAAUCUUGAGGAACACUCAUCUUGAAAAGGUCUUCUUCUUUGGGGCUAUUGGUGGGACUACAGAAAUAAUGGAGUGUCACGUGUGGCCCUGGCCUGGACCCAAUGUGUGUGAGUUUCGUGACCCAGACAGUGGAGAGACGUGGUACUGUGAGCAUCAGACCCAUAAUCCCUGCAGCGAGUACAAAGGGCACUUAGAAGGAAUCUAUAACCAUACCCUCAGGCCAGAGGAACCGAGACUCCUAGAUAAGCCUCUAAAGGAGAAACUCAUCAAAUCCAAAGUUGACCCAUUCCAUGUCCUGUCCUCCAACAACAAUUCAGAUAACAGAGGUGUUUGUUCUCCUGGUCUUCCAACGCUAGACCCUUCUGGGUUCUAUUACCAGGAUUUCUGGCAGUCCCGUGUUUGCAGGAACAGAGCUUUCCCCAGUCCAUCUGCAGUUACACAAUGCCUGGCUGGCAAAGCCAUCUACUUGUUUGGAGAUUCAACAUCUAGGCAGUGGUGGACAUAUCUGAAAGACUUCAUACCAUCUCUUUUGGAAAUAAAUCUGUAUGUGAAACUCCCAGGCACUCUACCGGGGCCCCUUCUGGCAGUAGACACAAAGCACAAGUUUGCAGUUCAAUGGCAAGGGCAUCAGACUGCACUAACCUUGGCAACUGGCGAUGAACAAGACCUUCAUUUUGUAGCAAAUGAAUUGGAUCGGUUGGGUGGAGAAGGGCUGGUGAUUGUCAUAAACUGCAUGGCCCAUUUUAUCUUAUACCCUGUAAAAGUUUACGUGAACAGGCUCCAUAAUAUCCGCGACUCUGUUCUCCGACUAAUGAAACGCAGUCCAUUGACCAAGGUCUUCAUCAAGUCUGGUAACACCGGAUACAAGUAUGCCUACGGCAGUGAUUGGCUGUCCCUUCAGUUGGACCUGGUAAUGAGGACCAUGUUCUCAGAGUUGCCUGUUACUGUACUGGACAACUGGCAAAUGACCUCCUGCCAUUACCUACCCCAGGACCUCCACCCUUCACCAGUCAUUGUCAAGAAUGAGAUUGAUCUACUGUUGUCAUUCAUCUGUCCAACAUGA